CAGCACUCAAACGGGGAGGACGUGGCGUGGAUUGUUUAGAAACAUAACUUAUUUUUUCUUUUAAAUGUUUCUAAUGUUGGAAUUAUAAAGUACAAAGCUUAGGAUAGGUUUACAAAGAAGCCGCCGCCAUCAUGGCGUCGUCCGACGAACAAUUUUCACUAUGCUGGAACAAUUUCCAUGCGAAUAUGUCAGCAGGCUUUCAUGGCCUGCUGUCACGUGGAGAUUUAGUCGAUGUAACCUUGGCUGCCGAAGGCAGAAUUUUACAAGCACACAAAUUAGUUUUAUCCGUAUGUUCUCCCUAUUUUCAAGAAAUGUUUAAAAUGAAUCCAAACCAGCAUCCGAUAGUAUUUUUAAAAGAUGUUAGUCAUUCAGCGCUAAGAGACUUAUUACAGUUUAUGUAUCAAGGUGAAGUUAAUGUUAAGCAAGAAGAAUUAGCGUCGUUUAUUAGUACCGCGGAACAACUUCAAGUUAAAGGUUUAACCGGUAACCAAAAUGAAGAAAGUUCCACGCCAUCCAAACCAAAGCCGACCUCGAGGCCAGGCCCGAGGUCGUCACAACAACGGAUAUCUGCUAAGUUAGAGACUGAUUUAGAUUCUAAGCCCUCCUUAACUCCAGUAGCAAUUAAGAGACCAAAUAGGCCAUCAAUAGCAUCAAAUAAUUCGUCAUCUUCUCAAAGUGGACCUGCGAAACGGAAAUGUGUUGACCCAUUAGAAGCUGGACCCUCUGGUUCUACAAAAGAUGAAUUUGUUACGAUACCGGACGAAGAUGAAAACAACGCUGUGGCACCGAAAAUGGAACCCGAAUUUGUUAACGAAAGCAUGUGGGAUGAUGACGAUGAAGGCGCUAACAAUGACGAAACGAAUUUUGGCGAAGACGACUCUAAUAUGGAAAUGUCUGGUUUUGAUGGCUCUGCAACUGGUGAUGGCAAUAUAUCUGGAGGUGGGGAGGGUGGAGCUGUUGGGGAUGCACAAGGUGCAGAAGUUGGUACUUUUGAACUGGGGAAUUUAUUCGUGAAGUUCAUAAAAGUUGAAGAAAACGCAAGCAAGAUUAAUAACAUUGGCCGUAUCAAAAAGAUCAACAGAACACGUAAAUACAUGGUUCACCCAGCUGACGCGACAGCGCCAUCUACAAGCGAGAUAAACACAUGCAGUUUGUCAGAAUCAGAGGCAGAAUCCAUUCCGUCUUCAAAGCCAAAGACACAGUCGAAAUUAUAUGAAAAAAGGAGGAAACGUUUAAUAAAUCUCGGACAGCAAUACGUGUCAAAGUCUGGUAGAAUAGUCGACGCUAAAGUGAUGGGUGAAUCUUGCGAAUGUCGUUACGAAUGUUCCAAAAAAAUUACUCAUGAACAAAGAUUGAGUUGCUUCAAUAGUUUUUGGGCCCUGGGCAAUAGACAGAAGCAGUGGGCUUUCGUCUUUAAAUACACAGUAAAGCAUAAAAUACUACGACGUCUCAGUCAAGGUGAUCAGAAUUUUCGUAACUUCACUUACAGAUAUCGUUUACCAAUAAUUACUACAUCUGAUCCUAAUAAAUGUGAAUUUGUUAGUGUAUGCAAAACAAUGUUUUUAAAUACACUAUCUGUCAGCGGUAAGAUAGUGAAAACAGCUCACGAGAAAUUUGAUGGGGUCGCCAAAAUAGAAAAAGAUCUACGAGGUCGUAGGAAACAAAGAAACACUACAGUUAAUAUUCAAUUUUCACCUCAAUAGAGUUCUACCAAAGUA